AUUCCAUUACAUGUAAUACUUUAAAGAGAUCAUUUCAUGUCUAUCACAUAUAAGAGAAAGUUCAAAAUAUGAUGACUUUGUUUAUUACUCUUUUGAUACUCCUCCAGUUGUCGGUAAAGAUAUCUAUGCAAAUAUGUGAAGGAAUAUAUGGAACAAAGUGUUGUAAUGGGUACAAGUGGGAUUUUUCACAUAGUAAAUGUAUACCAUGUGAUAAUGGAUUCAUUGGGAUAAACUGUGAUAUCAAGUGUCGAUAUCCAUGGUAUGGUAAGAACUGUCAGUCUGUGUGUGACUGUGAUGUCCCAAACUGUGACUAUGUCAACGGUUGUACAAAGCCUACAACAAAUUAUAAGGUUCAUUCUACCUUACACACGAACGACAAGACCGUUACAAAAGAACAAAUUAAGAUAUAUGACGUCUUCAGUAUUAAAGGCUUGACCGGAAGUUCAGUGCAAUCGGAAGUGUUGAAGACUCACCAUGAAGGCCAGAACGACAUGGAACGUCACGUCAACAUGACCGCUACAUUAGGGUAACUCACCGUUCUGAUAGACACCGUACAGCACGUGCAACAGUACGGCACAUUUUAGGCCACAUCAAUGGCUUUAAUGGCCGGGACGAUAUAAAUCCAAGAAUGAAGAAGUUCCUCAGCAUCUUAAUUUUGCAGAACUGGACCACAUAAAUGAUGAAUGUGACUUGAUUUUCUAUACACUGAAUACAGAAAAUGGUUGUAUUUAUAAAAAAAAACUAAACAUUUACAACAAUAUAUCAAUAGCAUUUGGUCCUUAAUAAUCUUUAGUUUUUUCUUAUAGUUUUUUAAUUAUGUAUUGAUAGUACUGUUAUCUCAUUAGUCGUCAUAGAAGAAGUGGUUUGUAUUUCAAACAAUUAUUUUAUUUCAAAGUGAAUGGAGUGCUACGCACACAUAUUUUCUUAAGUUAUCUAAUGCGUGGUUUUAUACAAUUUAUACAAUUUGGCUGUCGAAUGUACAUGUAUACACAUGUAUAGCCUAAAAGGAUUUUUGAAUAAGCUAUUUAAUCUAAGAACAAAAAGAUAUAAAAUAUGCACAUGUUGUAAUCUUUUGUUAUUUGUUAAUAUUAUAUAUUAUAAUACCUCUGUGAAUAUUUCCUAUGUAACAUUACAACAAAAAUUUAACACGCUAUUCUAUCUAACCGUGAAAUAGUUUCCUUGUGAUCUGCCCAUGGUGAAUAGUCAUCAAAACCAUACACCAGCAGCAUUCGAUUUCCCUCCUUUUUAAACUCGGAACACCUGUGACGUAUUCUUAUCGCUACAUUAAAUUCAAAAUCCGAUAACUCUAAUUUGUUUAUCAUCAAAAACAACAAACAAAGUUUUCUUUGGUAUAAUAAAAUACCUAUUUGCGAUAUCAAGUUUAUUGUCCCCCUCGACAGCAACUUUUCCCUCGGCUUCGCCUCGUAAAAUAGUUUCUGUCUUGGGAAACAAUAAACUUGCUAUCGUCUUCAUAGCCAGUAUACAGGUAGAUAAUAUAUAUUAGAUACCGUUUUUAAUCGAAAAAAGAUAGAACACAUACUAUAGUCAA